GGCGGCGGCUCCGUCGCGGCGGGCCGGACUCCGGAGCGCCCCCCAUGGCGGGGCAGCUGGUGGAGGUCGAUGGCGGGAUCAUGGAAGGGGGCGGGCAGAUCCUGAGGGUCUCCACGGCCCUGAGCUGUCUCCUGGGCCUCCCCUUGCGAGUGCAGAAAAUCCGAGCCGGCCGCAGCACCCGGGGGUGCAGGCCUCAACAUUUAUCUGGACUGGAAAUGAUUCGAGAUUUGUGUGAUGGGCAGCUGGAGGGGGCAGAAAUCGGCUCAACAGAAAUAACGUUUACACCAGGGAAGAUCAAAGGUGGAGUCCACACAGCAGAUACCAAGACAGCCGGGAGCGUGUGCCUCUUGAUGCAGGUCUCCAUGCCCUGUGUUCUCUUUGCUGCUUCUCCAUCAGAACUUCGUUUGAAAGGUGGCACAAAUGCUGAAAUGGCACCACAGAUUGAUUACACAGCAAUGGUUUUCAAGCCUAUUGUUGAAAAAUUUGGUUUCAGAUUUAAUUGUGACAUUAAAAUGAGGGGCUACUACCCAAAAGGGGGUGGUGAAGUGAUUGUUCGAAUGUCACCAAUUAAACAGUUGAACCCAAUAAAUUUAACUGACCGUGGCUCUGUGACUAAGAUAUAUGGAAGAGCUUUUGUCGCUGGUGUUUUGCCAUUUAAAGUAGCAAAAGAUAUGGCGGCGGCAGCUGUGAGGUGCAUCAGAAAAGAGAUCAGGGACCUGUAUGUUAACAUUCAGCCCAUUCAGGAACCUAAAGACCAAGCUUUUGGCAACGGAAGUGGAAUAAUCAUUAUUGCUGAGACAUCCACAGGGUGUUUGUUUGCUGGAUCAUCACUUGGUAAACGAGGUGUAAAUGCAGACAAGGUUGGAAUUGAUGCUGCUGAAAUGCUCUUAGCAAAUCUUAGACAUGGUGGUGCUGUGGAUGAGUAUCUACAAGACCAGCUGAUCAUUUUCAUGGCGUUAGCCAAUGGAGUUUCCAGAAUAAAAACAGGCCCAGUUACACUCCAUACGCAAACGGCUAUACAUUUUGCUGAACAACUAGCAAAGGCUAAAUUUACUGUGAAGAAAUCAGAAGAUGAAGAGGAUGCCUCUAAAGACACUUAUGUUAUUGAAUGCCAAGGAAUUGGGAUGACAAAUCCAAAUGUAUAGGUUAUUUGCCCUUUAAAUGAUACCUCAAUGAUGCAUUAUACUAGGUCAUUACAUAAACAAUGCAAUACAGUGAAUAAGAAGUAACUUCUUAAAGGAUCUGGCUUAACUUUGAAAAUGAAGUACAGAAUGUUCUACAUUUUCUAAGAGUGUUUCUUCAUAUUAAUCUGACUUUGAAUAUCUCCAGAGAUAGGAAUGUAGAGUUGGUGAAUAUGUGAUACCUGAUUUCAAUAUUAAAGUAUUAAAAUAAAAUAUUCUUUUCACCUGAACAGUGUUUUUUGUGUAUGUGUGUAGUUAAGUCAGGGAUAUAGAUUUGAUCUGGAAUUUGUAUAUACAUUUGGCCCUUGACUAACAUCUGUUUAAACUGUGCAGGUCUAGUUAGCUGUGGAUUUUUUCAGUAAAUAUUCAGUUGACUCUUGACUGUAAUACUGUAAAUGUAUUUUCUCUUGCUUUAUUGUAAGAAUCCAAUAUAUAAUACAUACACAAAUAUGUUAAUUAACUGUUCAUAUUAUUGAUAAGGCUUUAGUUUAACAGCAGGCUUAAUAGAUAUGUUUUGGGUGAGUCAGAAGUUGUAAGUGCAUUUUCGACAUCGCAGGCAUCAGCAUCACGAACCCCUGUGUUUUUCCAUGGUCAACUAUAGUUCUGAUCACUUUGCUAGCACCUCACAUACAGUAUGUGGAGGUACUCAUGUGUGUUGUGUCAACAAUAAUAAACACUGUCACAUUCUAAUUAUAUAUAUCUUAUUUCUAGUGGGCACUUGGUAAAUACUUUGAAUGUGUUGAAUAUGUUGUGAAAGCAAUGAGAAUUGCAAAAUUUCCAUCUUCAUAGAUUUGCCAAAUUCAACCUAGGUAUGUUUUUGUUUGGCUUACAGUAUUAAAAAAAAUAACUGAGUGCCUUUAGAACAGAAUGUGGUUUUCGUGUUAUGGAACACACCUAACCUACUUCCACAUUUAGAUUAGUUCCUGAUACCUGUAGGUCCUUGAGGUUAUGACUCAAAGGGAAAUGGUUGGUGUAUCAGCCAGUCAUAACUGUAAUAUCAUGAGAAAUUCACUAGAACUUGCUUUAGUCUUGGACUUUGUUGAUGACAAGAACAUAAUUCAAGAUAUAAAUCCAAAGGAUGGUCUUAUAAUACAUCUGGAAAUGCCAAAUUAGUCUAUAUAGAGCAGUAUAUUGAAGAAAAUAACUUGUCAGUGACUUCUGUGACCUAGAACACUUGGUCUCAGUUUGCUUUAAAGAUGAUGGUAGUGUUACUUAUGAUUUAUAUUUUCAUAAAGUAGAUAUGUUUUAUACAUUCAUUUCUACAACAAAUGAGAUGAAACAUCGAUUUACGAAUACAACUAUUUUGAACUUAGGGUGUACUUUUGUUAGUGUAUGUUUGUAUAGUUGUUGGAGGGUUUCUGGUGAAUAUUGGGGUUUUAGACUAAUGUGACCCUUGCAGCUUCUAAUGGUGUGUGCAGUUGAGUUAAGAGGGAGGCUGGGAUAUUGACUAGGAAUUCUGGAACGAGAGACUUAAGGUUAUGGGAUGAGUUUAUGAAGGAUCCUGGCUAGGGUGUAUUACUAUUGUUGAGUCACAAUGUAGGUAAAAUAAAGGUGGAACUACAGCAAAGAAAUCUUUGCUAGGUUCUACAAGUGAAUGCUGUAAAUUUCUGUUUUCCCCAAACUUGUUUUCUAUUUCUACUUCUAUAUCUAAAAUUCUAUUUCAACACAUUUUUAUGAGCACCUAAUACAAGUAAUU